AUGGCUGGAAUCAGUUACCGCGAGGUCAAAAUGCACGACUUACCAGAAGAUUCAGCUUCCGGACUCCAUCCACUAGACCACCAACGGCUAGCUGACUCAAGUAACCAAGAUCCUCUGGAUCCUGACAUUCGGCCAGCAAAAACAUUCUUCAUGGACUUCAAGGAUGCUUUCAGCAUGAAAUACCUUGGGUGGUUCAUUGAAAACUCAGUACCUUUGCUCAAAGACGGCGUUCGACAGUAUGGCGCAUACUUGAAGAGUCCCAUUAGUAACGACAUACACUUGCUCAAGAAUGGCAUUCGACAUCACGGCUUCAGGCGCCAUGCUGUAGCUUUGACAGCCUUGUUCAUUUAUGGCCUCGUACCGCUUAUCACCUACUUUUGUAUACUAAAACACCCUUUCAAGACAGUUCCUAUGAGCUGCAGUCAAGACUUCACAACAUCCGAGGAAACAGUCAAUCAUUUCAGAUUUGCGAAUCUGUUUACUGUUGACCGUACUGCCGGAAAUUUCCCCUUCUGGGUCGCAAAGUUGAUUGAUACGGCAUGGGAUCUUCUUGUUUCCCGCGGAAUGCAAUUCCUCGCCGGCUUGUUCAGCUACAAAGUCUUCUCAGACGUUCUCAUACGAGCUAUAGAGGUAUCACCAAUUCCCUACCGCACAUUCAAUAGCAUAUCUCUUAGUAGUGUGUCUGCGAGCACUGUUGUCUCUUUAUUUCAAGAUAUUGGUUGCUAUGGGAAGGGGCACACUUUGUGGCGCUUUGCAUAUAUGGCACUGGCUAUGACCUAUGUGAUAGCAUUACCGACACUAUUCUCAGCAACAACUGGCUACAUAAGCUCGACAUCCCCGUUCACCCGGCUCCCGAACCUUAGCGUUUUCAUCCCCACGGAGGAAAAAAUAUACAAUUAUUUGGGACACACCUUUUCUAGCAAUAACACAAAUAAGUGUUUGGUGGAAGAAGACAUUAGUACGCAACUUCGGUUAGUAAACCUCCAACAAGGAGAAUCUCAUGCGACCCUGACGAUGAAGCUUCAUAUGUUUACAGGUACUCACCCGACCGGAAGGUUUCUUAUCCUGGACCAUAUGAUGACAAAGAAUGUUGGCUGGUUUUUUCCUAACGAAACAUACCGCGACUAUCCAUCUUAUGAUAAUCAUAAUUGCAACGAAACCGUCUAUGUACCCGUUGGUGGCGGAAACUUCACAUUUGCUGAGAUAUUUCCCCACCUUACUGGCUACACCUACCAAGAUGCCACGCCAUACUGUUAUGAUGGAGUGCUCUACAAUUAUAGCCAGGUCCACGACAAUACGAGGUGCCUACCUAAUACCGACAAGAAUGCCUCAUAUCGCUGGGGCUUCUCCACAUUACUUUCGUCAAUCAUACUGAUCCUUCACGGGGUCUGGUCAUUGAGCAUGUUUGCUAUUUGGCUUGAGGUUCAGCUAUCUAGCAAGCUGCUCCGUGCGGGGUACAGCCUUUCGCAGCUGAGAAGUAUCUUCGCUAUAGUUUCUGCAGCACAGGAAACGACGGGCAAGAAACUGGAAGAACUACUGUCGUUCUCAGUGAAGGAGCUUGAGAAGAAGCUAUAUGGCAAGGAUGCGGUUGUGGAGUUUGAAUUGUUUGCAAAAGAGCUUCCUUUCGCUGAUGUCGAACCGUAUGAUGGAGCAUAGAGCGGCAGGCGGUGUGGAAGUUUUUGAAGGACGAACUCCAAGUAAUCCUUUAUGUAACUAUAGCACUGGGAGUGAAUUAGGCUGAAAAGAACCUGCUUCGAAUUGCCACUUAGCCUCUUCAUAAGAAUUAAAGGAACGGUUGACCAAUGCGGUGGUCUCAGAUGUCAAAGGGAGCAGCCAAAUCUCAACUCCCAGUGUUUGACCACACAAGCCGCAAACCCAUUUCAAACAAAUACAGUUUACUCAUCGUCUUUUGGUCUUGCUUGUUUACCUUGGGCGCUGUGCCGCGCUUUCUGGUUUCCCGCCAGAAAAGCUCCCCGCAGAGCACGCGGCAGUGGCAGCAGCAAGAGAUUCCUAAC